AUGUUGACUUCAACGGCACGUAUGCAUGGAUUGACCCGAUUGUGGUCACCGGCGGCUGCGAUGGGCGUCCGCUGCGCCUCUACGACGAGUGGGCAAAAGUUUUCGGGCAAAAACAUUGUCCUCAUUGAUGGCGUGAGGACUCCAUUCAACCACUCGAACACCGAUUACAAGGAUCUCAUGGCUUACGAGCUUCAGACCAAAGCUAUUCUGUUAGUCCAAACAAUCUAG